AAACAAUAUAUAUACAUAUAUAUAUAAAUUUCUAUAUACAUCAAAAAAGGCGUGAAGUUUGAAAAGACACAAGGACAAAGACGAGAAAAGCAGACAAGGGAGCAAAGUAGAAGCAGAGAAGCGUAAUCAAAAAACAAGCAAACACACACACACAGAAGCACUCUCACGCACACACACACAUAAGGCAACCGCAGCAGCAACAUGUCAACUGCAUUACAUGAAAGUGGGCGUAACGCCACCUUCUUUUGGCUAGUGUUACUUCUGGUAACCGCAACUGCAUUGCCAGCAUCCAAACUGGAUCGAAAACCCGAGUCACAUCAUUUGCAGAUUGGUGUUGAAGGGGCGAUGCCCACUUUGAUAGUUGCCCAGCAAGAGCAGCAGCAGCAACAGAAACAAUCAUCACCAACACCACCACCACCGCUACCACCAACAACAACAAAAACUACAACAACAAGGACGACAAUGGGUGAUAAUGCUUUAAAUGUAACCAAAGCAAAUUUUGAAUUUAACACCACAACAACCACAUUUCAAACCACCACUGAGCAAACAACAAAGGCAACAACCACUCUGAAGACAACAAAUAUAUAUUCACCGGUGGUGCAUUUGUUGGACUUGGAGCAAACAGUGGCGCCACCUAUCAAUAGUGGACACGAUGGCGAAAAGUUUACACGGAAGAAGCAAUUGCAGCAGGAGAAUUAUCCAACCACCAGACCAACCACUUUUACAACAACCACAAUUGAAAGUGAAAUGGAACGCAUACCAACAAGUCCCACCACUAGCACCACCACCACUCUAGGCACCACCACCACCACCACCACCUCCAUCACUCCUAAGCCCAAACACAAUGGCUACUUGGGUCCAAUUUUUAUGGGUGAGAAAACGUUUAGUGUAUUGCAUCCACUUAAGAAACCCAAACAAGAACCACCCAGCAACGACAACAACAACAACAACAACAAACAUGUGUCAUCAAUUGAAUCGCAAUUACGGAAUGGACGCAUCGUUGAGAUCUUGGCACCGACAGCUUUGUUAGAGCAGAAUACCGCAGACUCGACAAUUGCCCCACCAACUGCACCGCCCGCCUCAUUGGCUGCAUCUUCGUCGUCGUUGAAGCUAUCGACAACGGUUUUUCAAGUGGCUGCCGAUAUGCAGACAAGCACCAGCACCGCAACUAGUGGACCAGCCGAGGAGACGUUGGCCUCCCUCCAAGCCCAAUUGCCGCCGCGUACCGAAUCGAAAAUAUCAGAUAUUCAGAUUGAAGUUUACGAUUCCACGGUCGAUUCGAUUGUUGCCUCAACCAAUUUUCGGGACAAUGAAGGCUACUAUGCCCGGCCAGCUAUGGAUGUGGGAGAGGCGGAAGAAACGGGAAUGGGUGGCACCACUAAGCCACCCACCCAACCGAUGAUUCAAGAGCGUUUCACACAGUAUGUAAUCGAUAGAGCCGAUGUUUCUACUCAACCUGCGGCAGGAUUGGGCAAGCAAGUGCCAGCGGCCAUUGAGAUUCACAUCAAUGUGUCCGAAGCCCUGGGCGGGGAGAGUGAAGAUCUAGAGUUCUCAUAUCGUCAGCCAAGCAAUGCUCCAAAUGAGAAGUCCAGCAAGCUAAGCGAUGAGAUUUUGGUGGUGGAAAUCAUUGACAACGGAGACAACAGCACUGAGAAUUCGGCCAGUGGCAGUGCCGAGCAUAUAAAUCCGAUUUUUACAUUCCGUUCGGAUGCGGCCAUAGCCACACCUCAAGUACGACCACCCCAAUUGCCGCAGGAUGCUCAAGAUGAACUGUUUAUGGCGGAUGUGAAGGGCGAUGUGCCACGACCACCGCCUCCACCACCGCCGCCGCCGCCACGUAAACCCAGUGCCAUUGAUCGUGACUCGGAUACGAUUUUCUACAUUUCCAAUACGGAGGUUAAGGUGGGUGAAUCUCUGCCCACAGUUAGCAGUGCAGGCGCUACUUUGGAGCAGCAGCAACAACGUAAAAUGCAAUUGGAGAAUCAAUUCUUCCCUGCCAACUAUAUGAUGGAGCGAACAUCUGUUGCCACGCCCCGCUAUGAGGAGGAUAUCAUAUUAUCACCCUUGCAUCACAAUGCGGCAGACACCUUGAAGAUCUUUCGCAGUGGCAGCAGCAGCGGCAAUACUGGAGAUGGAGCACCACCUCUCGAUGUCACCUAUGUGGGUGAAUCGGUAAUCGAGGUGGAGCAACAGUCCCCAGCAGCCAGUCAGUCAACCACCAUGAGAUCAUUGCCGAGCAGUAGUUCCCCAAUGCCCGACAUUAUCAUACAGCCAGCAGUUCUACCCGAUUUGGCAAUUGGAGUGCCUGUUAUUGGUGAACUUCCACCACAGAUUGAGCUCAAGGAGAUCGACUAUAUGCCCGGUGAAUUGGGACUCAGUCCAAAUGGCAUUGGGAUCUAUGAGAACGAAAUACAAGGCAAUUCCUUGACCAUGGACACGGAUAGUGAAAGUGAACCGGAUGUCAUCGAAAGCUCCAUACAAUACGGUGGCGAUCUAAUUGAUGACGGAGCUGGUGGUGGUUUCGAUGGCGUCGAGGGUUCCUAUCCCUUUGACAGUCCCGCCCAUCGUAUGCAACAGGCGGUGGCUCCGCACCAUCAUCAUUUGCAUCGAGAAAACGAACCCAUGGCCGAGAUGUUGAAUGCCACUCUACUGCAACACAAUGACAGUGGAGCCGGGGCAUCGGCCAUGGCUCCACUUCUGGCCAAUGGCAGUCAAAUGCCCGAACGUAUGGGCAAUGCAACAGCUUUAUCUGAAGAUCCUUCAAACGAUUUUGAUGGUUUCCUCAAUCUAUUUGCAGUUUCCAUGGGUCUGAUUAUAGUUAUUCUACCCUCGGCUCUGUUGGUCUCAAUGUAUUGUGCUGUUCGUUAUAUGCUAAACAAGAAUACAGCAACGGGUGCCCAAGGCGAUGACAGCGAACAGGGCCAGGACUCGGCUAAAAAUGAGGACAUUUCGAGAAAUGCUCGCGAAACGAAAAUGCACACGGACAAGGAUGGAGUGUUUGUGGUGGAGGUGGCACGUGGCAUCGAUUCGAAACAAAUGCCACCAGACAGUCCUGGUGUGCUGGAGACAACCGAAUUGCCCUUCGAUACCAAGCAGCAGGCGAAUGGAUUGCAUGUGCUCAAUGAGCAAUCGCUGCCACCCAGUCACGAGCAGGUGCAAAUCCAUGCCCCACCCAUAGAUUUUGCCAAUUCACAGCCAGCAUCAGCGAUUGCAUCAAUGGUUGGUGGCACUUCGAGUACUUUGCACUUGAUUGAAGAGGAGGAACAGCAACUGAAUGAUCCCGAAUUAGAGUCAGACCAAAACCUAGAACAAGAGAAAAUCGCACAGACGGGCUUAUCUCAAUCUGAUCUUAGUUCCACAUCGUCGGGUGACUCAAACAAACGUUACACAUAUGGCAACCAGGAGUUGUAUAUUAUUGAGCAGCCGGGCUAUGCAACUAUUUCGCCAACAGCUCAGCCAAUAAUACCGAAUCCAAGUCCACCCACAGAAGAAGUAAGUAACAACAACAACGAAAAGGAGCAAGAACAGCAGCCGGCAGAGGAGGCAGAGCCACAGAUUGAACCUAAACCUGAACCAAAGCCACAGGCAGAGCCACAGAGAGAGUCCCAGCCAGAACUACAGUCAGAGCCACAGUCAGAGCCACAGUUGGAGCCACAGUCAGAGCCACAGUCAGAGCCACAGUCAGAGCCACAGUUAGAGCCACAGUUAGAGCCACAGUCAGAGACGCAGACUGAGACAUUGGAAAAUAUUGCUGUACCCCCAGCAGCAUUUGGUAAUUAUCAUCAAGCUGAUGAGACUGAUGACAAGGGUGACCUAAAGCAGGAGGAAAAUACCUAUGAUAGCCUAAUGAGUUUGCCGGCUCCGCCAUCCACAGAGGAAAUCAAAGAGCUAAACGAUUUUACGCUCAUCGAAUCGAAUCAAUUGGAUUCGUUGCCCCCACCACCGCCACCACCGCCACCACCACCAACCGAUGCUAAUGGCAAUGGACAUGCUAAAACCGAAGAACAAUUCGAUGCGGAAGCAGGAGCCACCAUUGGCAAUGGCAAUGGUAAUGAUAAUGCUACCAGCAAGGUCGUUGUCCCAGUUGCCUCCGUCUCUGUUUGCGUCACUCAGCCAAGCGAUGAGCCAACCACUUUAACGCCCCCCGCCUCGCCGCCAGCAACACCGCCGCCACAACCACCAGCGACCAUCUAUGGCAGCGGCAAUGGUCAGCUCACCAAUGGCAUCAUUCAUCCUAUGCCAGUUGAUGUCAAUGGAAGUUAAGAAGCAACUGGGUAAGCCAAAAAAGAAACCAAUAAAAAUAUAAACAAAAUAAUAAGCAAGCCUGUCGAGGGGACUACGACUCUCAAGCUCACACACACACACACACACACACAAACAAAUACACACAGGUGAUUUUAGGGAAUUGAUUUCCCAUUUCCCUAAUCUUAAGGAACUCAUCUAAGCCAAUGGAAAAUCUAAUCUGAUGUAAUCCUUUGAAAAAGACAUAGAAGGGUUCUUUUAAGUAAUUUACAACAAAUCCUGUAUGUGUGUGUGCGUGUGCAUGUGUGUGUAUGCACUUCCCCUCCAUGUUACUUGGAUCGAUAUCUCGAAGAGAUGCAGAACAUCUUCUUAGUCAUAUAUGUAAGUUUAUUCUUAGGAUACGAAGUACACCUAAAUAACCCAACAUUUUUCCCACUUAACUGUUUGUUGAAAGCCAAAAACACAAAAAAAAAACACAAAAAAAAUA